UCUUGUGAGUGAAAGUUACUUUUAUGUGCAACGAAGCUAUGGGGACAAAGUAAUUCCCCUCAUGGAUCAUCAAGUCUAAGUGAGUUGAUCGCCCAAUGUAGCAGGAUAAGAGUAGCUUUUCUUAAAUUUACUCAAGUAAAAGUAAGCAAUAUGGUGCUGUAAAAUAACUCUUACAAGUACAUUUUCUUUUUCAAAAAGUUACUCAAGUAAAUGUAAUAGAGUAAUACAACUCGUUACUGGUUAGUCAGUUAACAGGAUGUGAUGCCAUGAUGACUACCAGUUGCCAUGUCAACCACUCAUGAAGCCUGAGAAUAGGAAUAAACAAACAAAUAAAUUAGAACAGCCUGUAAUCCAACAUGUCUUUUUAAUUGGUGGAGGUGGAGCAGCGCACAGUUUAUGAAACGAUAAUGGAGUGGGUCCGGAGGAAGUGUGGGCGGGUCAUACAAACCGCCGCUCCACGCGGCGCCACUCUCGGACCUUACUGCGCAGACUCUGGUUCUAAACUCACAAGAUGGCACCUCUCAUAACUCCAGGAAAAUAGAGCUCCACAGAAGUCAAGUGUAAAAGCUGAAGACAUUAAAGAUGGCAGCGUUAUUAGGCGGGAAAUCGCUUGUUCUGAGUCAAGGAGGAAAGGUAAACACUUCCUGAAACAACCACAUUCACAGGCGUCUUCUCUCAGUUUUUCUUCCACAGGAUGGUUUUGUCACAGUGAGGAAAAGAGAUUUAGAGAAGUUAAUCACCGAAGUCAUGCAGCUCAAGGAGUUCCUGCCCAGAGUUCUGAACGAAGACCUCAUCAAAAUGCUGCAUAGAGUUCGCACGUCACAGACAAUCAUGGAGAAAAUUGUGAAAGAGAAGGAGCAGCUGCGACAGAGGUGUCUGCACCUUCAGUCCCGUCUUGACGCAGUACAGACCGAAUGUCAGAAAGAAAGAGAGGAGAAGCUGCUGUUGCGCGAGCAGCUGUGGCAGAGCAGAGCAGAGAUGCAGCAGCAGGCGGAAUUCUGCUCUGGUCUGGGAUCUGUCACCUGCAGUCUGCUGUGGAGCUGCUCGGCCAGGGAGGACAUAGUCACGCUCUGGCUGGCAGAUGGGAAGCUGCAGCCAUUCCUGGCAGUGGCCGCUCAGACUCUGGAAAGCUUUGCAAGGUCUCUGGAUGAAGAGAUAAAAGUUCCAACUGAGGACCACGACUCCCAUGAGCACCAAUUUGUGUUGGCCCUGACUGGGACCAUUACAAACGUAGCAGCAGUAACAUGUGGGCGAGACACCCUGGCCAUCUCCGCUCAUGGCUUACUGAACGUUGUAAUGAAACUUCUGGAGCUUAUGAAACCCGGCGUCUUCCCGAAACUGAAAAUGUUGAUGCUGAUGGCUCUGUACAACGUGAGCAUCAGUGUGAAAGGGCUGAAGUACAUCAGCGAGAACCGAGGAUUCAUGCCUCUGAUCUGGUCCCUGCUGGAUGAAAAACACUGGGAGGUGUGUCUCCACUCCUUGCGUCUCCUGCAGUCUGUGUUGCUGGAAGAGGACAUACCGCUGGACAUAGGGUCCUCUCUGCUGGAUCCGGACCUCCGUUCUCGUGUCAGCCGGCUCGCCUCCAGUGUACAGCCCAGCCUAAAGCUGACUGCUAAGCAGAUCCUGGAGGACCUGCAGGCCCUCCAACAAGUACAGCAAUCAACACACAAUGAAGCCCUGAAUUCAAAGCAUGUUAAAAGACAUGUUGUAUGAGAUUAGUUAAAAUAUACAUACUUUAGGUGGGUUUACUUCUGCAGAGAUGUAUAUUCACCUCUGCCAGUUGUGUUCUGUUGCAAUUCUGCUCAAAGGUCAUUAGUCAUUAGCUGGUGGAUCUAAUGUUAUUACAGGUGCAGUUAAUGCUUUACCUGACUAAGGACUUUCAGCAGAGCACCUGCAUAAUUUGUUAUUUUGUUAAAGAGUUGAACUGUUAUUUGUACAGUUGUUUAUUUUCACAAAUUUCAAAUUAUUCACUGACAAAAAAUUUCAAAUGCGGCAUUUUUACUAAACACACUAUAUUUCAGUUAUUUAUUCACAAUAAAAAUCACUCCCACAUUUUAACGGUUGAAUGCUUUUGAAAUGAUGCAAGGUUGGGGAGGUCUAGUAAUCCAGACAAUUUUAGCUAAUGUCUUGUUUAGCAGUAAGUACCGCACCGAUUGAACUGAAAGCUGAUGAGAGGAGUAAAGAAUGAAUCCGAACAGGAGUUGUAUUUUUUUAGUUGUACAGCUUUAUUGUAUGCUUCUACAGUAAAGACUUCUCAGCAAU